AUGUCAUUCUCAUUUGGAUCAAAUAAUAAUACAACUAAUAAUGGAACUGCAUCAUCUUUUGGUGGAUUUGGCGCAAGGCGAAAUUCAAUGAAUGGCCCAACAUCAAGUACGACUAGUGGUUUAUUUGGUAAUUCAAAUACAAAUUCUGGUGGUUUAUUUGGAAAUUCACAAAAUACUAAUACUGGUGGUUUAUUCGGAAAACUGAAUACAAAUGCUGGAGGUUUAUUUGGUAAUACUCAAAAUGCAUCAUCAACAACAGGCAAUAAUACAAGUUCAAAUUUAUUUGGUAAUUCACAAAGCAAUACGUCUGGGGGAUUAUUUGGUAACUCUAAUACGAAUACUAAUUCAAAUACUAAUUCAAAUACUGGUGGAUUAUUUGGUAACUCCAAUACAAAUACUACGUCAAAUAGUGGAGGUUUAUUUGGCAGGGCCAAUACAAACUCUGGAGGCUUAUUUAGUAAUUCAGGUACUAGUUCAAAUACUGGUGGUUUAUUUGGCUCAUCAAACACAAAUACAAACAACACUGGUGGUGGAUUAUUUGGAAACACCAACACAAAUCCAACAUCAAGCAAUUUAUUUGGAAACAAUAAUACUGGAGGAUUAUUUGGGUCAGCUAACCAGCCCCAAACAAAUACAUCAACAUUUGGCUCAAAUACUGGCUCCAAUUUAUUUGGUAAUACAACAAACACACAACCAAGCUUUCUAAAUUCACAAGCACCAUCAACUGAUUUAACUGUAAAUAACUCCAAUCCAUAUAGUUAUUCUCAAGUUCUUUCCAAUUUACAAGCAUCUACUGCAAAUAUGCCAGAAUCAAUAACCACAACCAUAUUUUCAGAUAACACAAAACCUACAACAAAUCCUCAAAAACCAAAGUCAUCAUCAUUAUUGGGAAAAUUGGGUCAGACUUUUAAAUUCUUAAGAAAUACAGCUACAAAUCCAUCAUUACAAUCAUUAAAAGGCUUAUUUACUUCAUCCGAAAUACUAAAUUCAAGAGAUAAACAAAAACUUAUAUCAUCAACCUCACCUUCAGCUAAAAAUAUUUUAGCUAUUGCUUCAUCAACAGUUACACCUAAGGCAAUUUCAAGACCAUCAUAUAAAUCAAUCGAUGCAAGAAGAAUAGGAAGUAUGAAAAGGUUAACUAUCAAGUCUAAACUUGUUAAGUAUCAUUUAAUUGACGUAAAUAAAAUUUUCAAUGCAAAAAGGAGAAAGGUUGUGUUAAAUAAUACGGUAACUUCAGACAAAAUAUUACAAGAAAAUUAUAUUAGUGAAGAUGAAGAAAUUGAUGAAGAAAUGAUCUCGGAUAAAGCAUUUGCUAGAUUUAAAAAAGAUGGCGUUCAAGAAGAUAUUGAAACUAAAACAACAAUCAAAGUUGAAUCAAAUAAGGAAACACAACCUGAAACUACAGUUAAUGAAACUGAUUUACACGAUGGAUAUUGGUCAUCACCUUCAGUACCUGAAUUAUUAAAUAUGUCAAACGAACAAUUGUCUAAUUUAGAAAAUUUUAUAGUUGGCAGAGUUGGAUGUGGACAAAUUGCAUAUAAUUAUCCAGUUGAUUUAACUAAAAUAGUAGCUGAAAGUAAUGGAGCAUUGGAAAAAGAAUUAUUUGGUAAAAUUAUUCAAAUUGGUAAUAAGAUGGUUAUCACAUAUAAAGACUGUCCAAAUAAACCUCCCAUUGGAAAUGAUUUGAAUGUACCUGCUACAAUCACGUUAGAAAAUGUAAAACCAAAACAAAAUCUAUCGAUUGAUGAUCAUAUUAAAUUUUUAAAGAAACAAGUUGGUAUGGAAUUUAUUACAUAUGAUCCAAUAACUCAUAUUUGGGUUUUCAAAGUUAAACAUUUUAGUGUAUGGGGUUUAGUUGAUGAAGAUGAAGAUUUACUAGCAAUGAAAAGAAAACAGGAUGAUGAAGAAGAAGAAGCAUCAAUGGAAUAUUCUAAAUUAUACGAAAAUGAAAAAUUUCAACAAGAAUUAAAGAAACAAAAAUUAAAUGAGCAAACAAAAAUUGUACCUGGAGGUUGGGAAUAUUCAUUGCCAGCUAGUGAAAAUCCAAUGAAUAUAAAGAGAAAACUAGUAUCUGAAGAAAUUAUAAAUGAAUUGACGAAAUAUAAAAAUGAUCAAUCAACAAAUGUUUUAAGUGAACAAGUUAGUAAUAUAACUAUUGAUUCAGAGAGAUCAACACCAGAAAUGGAAUUAGAUGAAGAUGAAGAUGUAACUGGUGUAGUUAAUUAUAUGAAACAAUUGGCAAAUUAUUUACCACCAGGAACUAAUUUAGAUGAUAUAGUAGAUGAAAAAGCAUAUGAACCAGAAAUUUCAAAUGAUCAAGUAUUUGAUAUAAUCCAAUCAAAACCUAAUUUACCUACUGCUGAUGAUUGGUUAUUGCAAUUAGAAUUGGCAAAUCAAUUAAAUUCAGCGUUGGCUCCAUUAGAUAGACCAUUAGAUCAACGUAUGACAAUUGAAAAAGUUGAUGAUUUGUUAUUUUCAGAUUUUAAUAAAAAUAGUAUUAAUAUGUCAACACCAACAAAAUCAAAAUCAUCAAAAAUUGAAGAAGACAAUAUUUAUACUAAUAAUAUACCUAUUGUAUUUCAUGAAUUAUUAGUGAAGUCACAAAUGAUAUCCAGAGAAAAUGGAUUUCCAAAAUUACAAAAGAAUCCAUCAUAUGAGUUUAGUUUUAAACAUAUUAUCAGUGAAGAUUUGGAAGAAAAUCAAAUAAUAUCCUUGGCUUCUUCAUUAUUCGAUGAAUUUGAAUCGUUUGGUAAGUGGUUGAAAAAUUACAAUUCAGUAUCUAUUCAAAAAUUACUUGAUGAGUUUAAAGAUGAUCCUUUAGAGAAAACUUUUAUUUAUUUAUGUGCUGGUGACUUAAUCAAGGCUAUUGAGACAUCAAUGUCAGCUAAUAAUAAUCAUUUAUCUGUUAUUGUCACUUUGUCAGAUUCAAAUGAUGAAGUAGUAAAAUCAAUUGCUAAAAAUCAAUUAAUAAGUUGGAAAGAUCAUGAUACACUUUCAUUAAUUCCAAAAUCAAUUGUAAAGAUAUAUCAAUUAUUAGCACGAGAAUUAGAUGAUGUUAUACAAAACUUACCUUGGAAUAUUGCAUUUGCUGUGAAAUUAUUUUAUGGCGAUAAUCAAGAUAUAAAGAGUUUGCUUAAUGAAUUUAAGUGUAUAAUACCAAAAUCUGCAAUAACUGAUGUUUUGAAAGUGUACACUGGUGAACUUCAAAUAGAGAGUACUUCAUUAAAUGACAAAUUGAAAUGGUUUGCAUGCACAAUUUUAAAUAGACCUAAUGAUUCAAUUUCAAAAUCUUUUGGAGAUUAUUUGAGUUACAAAAAUUACUGGAAAGAAGGUAUAAUAGUCUAUUCACAAAUUGAAAAUGCUGAUGAGUCUAAACAAUUGAUAAUAGAUUUAAUAAGAUCUAAAAUUCAGAAUAUAAUAUCAAAAGAAAAUCAUUUGGUUGAAGUUUUAAAACUACCAAGAACAACAAUAUAUGAAGCAUUAGCUAUACAUAAAAGAAAUAACGGAGAUUAUUGGGGAGAAGUUGAAGCAUUAUUGAAGGUUAAUUUAUAUGAAGAAGCUCACACGACUAUUGUAUCUAAUUUAGGUCCAUCAGUGGUCAUUUCAAACUCAUCACAAUCUGAAGAAAAAUUAAAUGAUAUAUUUGAUAGGUUCCCACAAAAAGGAUUAAUUAUUUCAGAUUGGAAUAUUGGUGCUGGUAUUUACAAAACUUUUCUCAAUCUAGAAUCAAAUGAUGUUGAAGGGUUACAAUUUUUAUUAAACAAUAUACCAUUAAUUAAAUAUGAUACCACAUUAGAAGAAAAAAUUGCAUUAAAUAUAAUAUCUAAAAAAGUUGGUAAUUUAAUAAUAGAGAAUAAAUCAAUAAGUACAUCAGAUAAGCAAAGAGUAACCAAUUUGAAGUUGAAUAUUGAUAGUAUAGAGUUCUUCGAUAAUAGAUUAUCAAAUUUAUAA